GCUGCCCUUUUCUUUCUUCGUCUUCUCCACCCUUUGCUCUGCUCUGCUUGCUGGCGCAGGCCAGAUAUUUUUCUUCCGAUGAGAGUAUACUACAUCUCGGCCUCCUCGUCUCUAUCUCUCCAGGAGGAGGACGACGGACGACCAAAUCCCACACAUCUCUUCCCCUCUUCUCCAUCCACCUGAGCUUUUCUCCGAGAAAAUCGACGGAAGAUAUCCCGAUUUCUGGCGCCGUGCUACGAUAGUUCUUGGGGAGGAGAGAGCUCGAAUCUUGACGAUCUUGGUCCGAUGGGUGACGCGUCGACGAUUCGACGGCCACCCGGCAGUGUCGCCAAGGGCAAUCAAGUUGGAGAGUUGGUGUCGGCUGGAUGGACAAACGACAGCCACGACAUGUACAUAAGCUCCAUGGAGGCGUCCUUCGUGCAGCAACUCCGUAUACGUAGUAGCCGACAGUUACAGCACUACCACGCUCACGCUCCUGGUAGGAACAUCACCCAUGUGGGCGGCCAUGGGCUCAAAGCCCUCCAAGAGGGAGCCUCAGACGAGCUCAGGUCUGAGACGAACGUUUCUCGCUUGCGUGAUGUAGGCGUAAGAGGACUGCCCGAGGAUCCAUGGGCAAGGCGUUUCAGGCCACACAAAGAUUAUUCCGGUGUGAACCGUCGUGGUGAUGUGGUGUGUGCUUCGGCCGAUGACGGUGAAUCGGGUACUGAUACGGUUCACAAGACUUAUCGGACAUAUGGAAGAGAAGUGGGCAUUUUUGCUGGCGAAAAUCUUGUUGGGAAAAGCUCAGAAGCCUCUGGUCAGAAUUUUCCUGAAGAAGAGGUUCACUCCAUUGCUCAGCCAACCAAAUCAUGCAAGAAAAGGAGGAUUGCCCCUUCCACCGCUGCAGGUUCUUUCACGUCGAUGCUCGAAUGCAGCGACGAGCGGUGGUGAAGGCCAAUGUAUGUUUUCCAAAGCCCCGAGGAAGCGACGGAAAACUAGUUCUAGAAAUUCUUGCUGAAGCAGUUGUGAUAGGUGACUGGUGCGGCUGCUAAUAUUGUUAACUCGGCGGAUAGCUCUUGAUCAGUCUGCUCUUUCGGCGUGAAGAGAAGGCAAUUCAUUGGUAGUUUGUAUCAUCUCUGCAGAGCAUCAGGCUCAAGUUUGCAGAUCUGCGAGAGUGGAGGUGCGAGUGAUGUGAUGCCUUGUGUUGGUGUGUUUCUUCAGCAUCUACUGUCUGCAAGUGAAUCAAUAGAAUUUGGAUAGUUCAUACUACAUGACUGUUGAUGCCACAUGGAUGCAAAUCAAACUUGUUUGGUCUGGAGA